AUGAGCGGCAUGAGUAAUGUUCCCGAAGCCAGACUGUCCUUGGACCAGGAACGGCACAUCAGAUACUGGACGAGAUGCCUGAAAACUCUACUGCCACAUCAUUACACUGGCAACGAAAGCAAUCGAAUGUACCUGGCGUUCUUCAUCAUAUCCGCUCUUGACCUUCUCGGUGCCUGGAACACCAUCACCAAAGAGUCUGAAAGACAAGGAUACAUAGACUGGAUCUAUCACUGCCAGCAUCCCGCGGGUGGCUUUCGCAUGUGGCCUGGGACGAACUUUGGCGAGCGGGCGAAUGAAGCAAACUCAAAAUGGGAUCCUGCCAAUAUACCGGCGACGUAUUUUGCCUUGUCAGCACUCUUGAUCCUCAAAGAUGACAUGAAGCGCGUGCGUCGGAAGCAGACUCUCCAGUGGCUUGUGCAAAUGCAGCGUCCUGACGGAUCAUUUGGCGAAACUUUAGUUGGCGGGCACAUUGAAGGCGGGAGAGACCCACGAUUCGGUUAUUGUGCCACUGGCAUUCGACACAUCCUGCGUGGCGACAGCGAAGGCUCACUCACGUUGGAAGGGUCCGUUGUCGAGGACAUUGAAGUAGACGAUCUCGUUCGUUGCAUCGAGGCUGCAGAGUCAUACGAGGGUGGUUUGGCUGACCAGAGAUACCACGAACCACAUGCGGGCUACACUUUUUGUGCAUUGGGGUGCUUAGAUUUCAUCCACCGCAUCAAAGACAAACACAUGCAGGUCGAGCAUCGUCCGCAGGGUCCGGCUGACGUUCCGUCGAUGCUUGCCUGGCUUGUCGCACGUCAGACGGAUCUUGAUGAUCCAGACAUGGACGUGGGAUCAGACACCGAGACUGCUGAACCAACUACCCACCCGGCGGAAGCAGAAAGUUCAGAGCCUGUACCACUACACCAAUCUCCAGAGAAGUCGACCAUGAAUCUAUCGUUCGGUCUCGACCCUCUCGAUGCUGGUAUGAAUGGUCGUACAAACAAAGUGGCAGACACUUGCUAUGCCUGGUGGGUAUGUGGAUCUUUCCACAUGUUAGGCUACCCUGAUCUGUACAACAAAACAGCUGUCCAGCGUUACUUGUUGCAGAAGACGCAACAUGCUGUGUUGGGUGGAUUUGGCAAGUUCCCGGGCGACUUACCGGAUCUGUACCACAGUUACAUGGGGCUCGCCGCCCUUGGUCUUUCGGGCGCUGAAGGUUUGAAGGCGGUAGAUGGAACGAUGUGCAUAAGUGAGGAGGCUGUCUCAGGGUUGCCCGACCUGUGGAACGCCUGGCGCAACAGCCCGAACACGCCAUCGCUAUAA